AUGGGUCCGGUGCUAUUUUUCUUGCAAGGUUCCCUGCAUGUUACCUGCGUUGGCCAAUCAUGAUACGUUUCGUUUGUGACGUCAGACGCGGAAAGCUUGAGCUGGAAGCCUUUGUUCGUAGUUGCUUUUCUGCUGUUGUGAGGUGCGGUAGGAAGUUAUUAUAAUUAUUAAAUAAUGGCACCGCAGUGGUCCGAGGAAGCGACUGAAACUUUGAUAUGUGCUUAUAGGGAAGAACAGUGUCUGUACGUCGUGAAAAGCGCAAAUUAUUACAAUAAACACUUGCGUGCAGAAGCACUCGAAAGAGUUGCAAGUGCCGUGUGUCUUGUUUGACCAUACACGACGAGCAAGGAGUGCUACAGCAAAGUGCACAAUCUACGAACUCAAUUUAAAGUGGAGCACGCCAAAGUAAAAUCAACGAAAAGCAGUGGCGCUGGGAUGAACGACAUAUACAAACCAUCUUUAUGGUAUUACGAGAAGUUAAUGUUUUUGGCGGAUCAUUGCUUGCCACGAAAGAGCACAGCCAUAGGCCUGACUCAACAUUCCAUGACUGAGUACAAUGAAAGUGAAGAGACAUGCAGUCUCUCUUCUCAAAGUGUGGAUAUACAACCAUCACCACAUCAAAACAUCGAAGGCUGUUAUAGUCUUGAUGUGGAUGUGCUGAACGAUGUAUGCAUUGGGGAACAAUGUGAAGAAGCAGCAGCAACGUCACCUCCACCACCACCACCACCACCACCUACCCAUGCCACUCAAAGCAAGGAUGGAAGAAGAAAGAGGCCUGGUGACGGGUACAUGAGUGCUAUUGAGGUAAUAGCUAAUAAAAUGUGUGCCACCCAAGACCGCCAACAACCCUCGGCAGAGCUCACUAUGGAUAGCUGCAUGAUAUUCAUUGGUAACCUUGCAAAGGAAAUCAAGAGCAGUGAAAUCAAAAUGCAGUUAAUAAGAGAUCUUGUUAAUGUAACAACAGAAGCAAAACUGAAAGAUCUACAGAUACAAAUGCAGAACUCGAGUGAAAGUGAAAUUGCGUAA